AUGGUCUGUGCGAUGAGAGAAGACACCAAAUCUAUUGUACCCAGAUGUUGUUGCUUGUCAUUUCUGGGAUUCGAAGAAGAAAAUAGUGUCGGUGUCCUAGGCCAUGGUUCAGACAUUGACAUUGACAUGAAGUUGACUUUCUUUGGUCAUAUAUCAAGGAGACCGGCAGACCGCCUUGUUCAACGAGUUCUGAGGAGUUUGUCGGGUUUGAGCUGGAAGAAGCCACCUGGUCGAAAAUGGAAGUUCUGGACUGAGGUGGUGAAAGAGGACCUGAGGACACUCGGCGUGGAUAGGCAGUUCAGGCGAGACGUAAGGUUUCGCAGAGUAUGGAAUAGCGACGAAUGGAUUGAUUCUGUGCAAGCUCUCGCAGAAGAUCGAGAAGGUUGGGCAGAGCUGUGUUCAAGGACGGCACACCUCGGCGAAGAUGCGGGUAAUCGCGUCAGGCGAUGA